CAACUCUCAUCCAUCACCAAUUUCAAAAUUUCUGAUUAAUCCUAUUCCAUACUCUUCCAAAUCAAGCUCCGAUAAUGUCCGGCCGCGGCAAGGGAGGCAAGGGUUUGGGAAAGGGAGGAGCCAAGCGUCACCGCAAAGUCUUGAGAGAUAACAUUCAAGGUAUUACAAAGCCUGCAAUUCGCCGUUUGGCUCGUCGUGGCGGUGUCAAGCGAAUCAGCGGUUUGAUUUAUGAAGAAACCAGAGGUGUUUUGAAGAUCUUCCUUGAGAAUGUUAUCCGUGAUGCUGUGACUUACACUGAGCACGCUAGGAGGAAGACGGUGACCGCCAUGGAUGUGGUUUAUGCUUUGAAAAGGCAGGGAAGGACUUUGUACGGUUUCGGAGGUUAGGUUGUAGAUUAAUCCAAUGGAGGAUUGUAGAUCUUGGCUUUAGAUCUGGUUUUUCUUUCUUAGCGUUUAUAAAUUUUUUCUUCUCUUUUUAGGAUUUCAUGUACCCUAGUCCCUGUUAUUCAGUAAUUGAAAUAUUACUCGAAUCAUGAUUCCACCUUUUCAUCUC